CGUAGCAGAGAAAGUUACCCGGGGGCCAAUGUACCGUGGCUCCGAUCUGCUCAACUCGGUGCUGUACGCGCUGUGUCAUGGCGGUAGUCCCUUCAGAGGGCUAUGUGUCUUCAUAUCUAAUGUUAUGUUGGGAGGCAGGAAUGAUGGAUAUUAUGGCCAGAAUGGAUUCCCGUUCGUGUACUCAAGCCUUUUUUCGGGAAUGUCUGUCCGGGCCGUGGCGCAUCUCGCACAGCAAACCUUUGCUCGACGUGCAGAUCUUGAUGCGGGAGCUCCCAAACUUUGUUAAAAGGAUUAUGGCUCCACAAGAGGACUAUGGCCACAUGGAUUUAGUUUUUGCUAAAAAUGCUAAAGAAGUAAUUUACAAUGAAAUUAUUAAUAUCAUGAAAAAUUACUAACAUCACUGAACUUUCCUGCUGAUGGUGUACUCUUCUAGUCUCUAUAGUUAUUUUAUUGCAAAUGCUCAAUUAAAAAAAAUAUAUUUUUCUUUGAUCACAAAGCAAGAAGACCAAAUUAGCUUGUUUCUUUAGUUGUUUGUCAUAAUUUUUCUGGUUGUAAAUUUAUUGCAUAUGGGCUUGUUUGUAAUUACAUUGUUCAUUUUGAAUAUUUCAAUGCCUUUUUUGAGGCUUCCUUUACUAUACUUGGGAAGAUCUUAGUCACAUAAUUUCUGCUGCAGAUUGGGCCUUUGAUUAAAUCCAUGUAAACAAAUCUAUGCAAUGAUUCAAAUAUUCAGCACAUCUUGCCAAUUAUUUUCAGAUUUGCAAAUAAAGUUUGUCAGUGGAAAGUAGGUGUGAGGUUGAUGCCACUGUGAUGUCAUUUGUUUUGUUGAACUGUAUUUUAUCAAUCAAGUAUAUAGGUACAAUAUGUAGCAAGAAUAGGUAAUGAAUUUUAGUCAAGAAUGCAACAAAAUUGAAAGAAUUCUGAUGAGCUAGCUAGCUUGGAUUCAUGUCUCUAAUUGGUCAGGUUUUCUGUUUAAAUGUAUCCUAUGAUUUUAAACACAAAAAUCCUAUGACAUUUUAAACAUACCUGCUAUGUUUAAAAUGUUAUUUAUGAAGCAUUAUGUGCUUGAGGUUGUACAAUAAUUACAAGAAAGAGGUGCAUAUAACUUGUUCAUAGUACAAGAGUGCAGAAUGCAAUACUUUUAGGGUCAUCUCUGUUCACUUCAGAUUAGAUCAAUUGGCUACAUUAGCAAUUGGUCCUAGGACGUAGUGAUAGUACAUAGUGAUAGUAGCCUUGAAGAAGGGAACUAGUGAUAGUAGCCUUGAUGACCUGUUGUUUUGUGCAUUCUGAAGUCUGAUUUAUUUUCUACAAGUCAACUCCUGUUCCUCACCUAUGUCUUCAAUGUGCUCAUCUCUAUGGCCCGCUAAUCUUCUUCGUGUCACUGCAUCCUGUAGACUUAUUGGUAUGUUUGCUUCUAUAAAUUUGUUUAACUCAUCCUUAGUAAGUUAGUUGGUACCUUUAGUCCUUACUCUUAUGUGUUUACUAUAUGUGUGUCCCAGGCCACCCUCGAGCACAGCUUUUGUAUUAUGCCAUCCUCAGCCCCGCAGCCAUUCAGAAAAUUCCAUUAUCAUCUCUGUUGCUUAACCCUUCCUAUUUCGGCAGCCAAGGAUUGUGAGCAACUUUUAUUUGCUUUGAAUUAGGAAUUUAUUCUAAAGGUACUCGUUGCAGAAAAAUAAAAGUGACUUUCUUA